AUGGUGUUCAGCAAGAGCUCUGUGAUGGAUUACUCGCAGACUAAAGACACCAAAGACGCCAAAGUGAAGGACACGGAGAAUGACGGUGGUGAGGACAUCGCGAUCGGUUCGCAGGAAGAAGUUACCGAUUACGACUUCCUGCGAUCUUGGAAAUGGUCGACUUUAUACCGGAGCGUGCUGUUCCAGAUGGUGAUGUUCGGAGCGCUUUCGUUGGUUGGCCCAGCCAUGGGUGAUGCUAUAUCCAAUCUAGGAGGAGGCGGUCUGUCUACGCCAUGGCUAGCGAAUCUUGCAAAUUCGUUGAGUUACGCCAUGAGCUUCAUCAGCACUAUCUUCGGAGGCCCCAUCAUCAACAGGAUAGGCAUCAAAUGGGCGUGCUUCAUUGCGGCUCUCACAAUGCCCCUCCAAGGAUCUGCGUACUAUGUGAACGCUAGAUACGGCGUCGACUGGUAUCUCCUAGCAUCCAAUGUUAUCAACGGUCUAGCGGGCGGGCUUCUUUACGUCAGUGAAACGACAGCCAUGUUAUGCUACCCAAGGCCAGAAGAGAAGGGGUUAUACCUUGGCAUCUGGUCGGCUAUGCGAAGCUCCGGAAGCUUGAUCGGUGGCGCGAUAAACUUUUCGACGAAUUCAGACAGAGCCUCUGCUGGAGGCAUUGCAUGGGCGACAUAUCUGGUCUUUGUUGGAUUCGAAUGUACUGGAGUUCUUUGGGCACUGUCAUUGUCCCCCACACCACGAGUACGUCGUCGCGAUGGCAGCAAAGUCCCCAUGUCGGGAAGGGUCACUUGGACGCAAGAAUUCGUUGCUCUGUGGAGGUAUCUUCAAAGCAGCAAGGUCUGGCUGAUCUUCCUGCCCUCAUUCUAUUCUUUCUUCUACGGAGGGACGAUGGGCACCUACCUCUCGCUACACUUCUCGGUCCGCGCACGCGCCCUUUCGUCUUUUCUUCUCCCCGCCAUCACCAUUCCGUCGGUUGUUAUAUUCGGCAAACUUCUAGACAGCCAGCGGUGGGCCCAACGACCCAAGGCAUGGGUUGCAUUCUCGCUGUGGAUUCUGCCACAAACUGGUUGUUUCAUCUGGGUCGCUUUGGAGUACCACUACCUCGGCAAUAAAACAGCGCUGGAUUACGGAUCCGAAACUGGCAGAUGGGCAAGGGCAUAUGUGCCGUACCUUAUCAUCUUCGCGAGCGGCUACUGGACGCAAUUGACACUAUACUGGAUUCUCGGCACAUUCUCCAACGACAUGGGUGAUUCUUCUCGGGUGGCAGGCUUGUUUCGCGCGUUUGAGACGGCGGGCCAGGCAGUUUCAUAUGGUCUGAGCUCUGCGAGUGGCAUCGCUCCUGUGGUUCCGAUCUAUGUGAACUGUGGUUUGCUGGUUCUCACUGUGCCUAGUAUGGUCAUGUUGAUCACUAGGAUGCCCAGGAGGCCGUUGAGUAACGUCACCACUGAAUGA